AUGAGAAAUGGAGUAAUAGGUUACACAGUGGCUUCUAACAAUGAGGCAAUGAGUGAUGAUGUUGGAGGAGAAAAUCCCUUUGUGGAGACGGCUAUUGGAAUUGAUGUGGGAACCUACGAGUGUCAUGUGGAAGUGUGGAUGGAUUCAAAGGUGGAACUUUUGCGAAAUCUAGGAGGACAAAGGAUGAUGUCGUCCUAUGUUCUGUUCCAAGGCGACAUUCCAUAUCAUCAACCUCAGCCUCUAGAACUUCUCUCUAGAAGUGUGAUCCUUAAUGUAAAAAUGUCAGUUGGGAGAAUGGACACGGACCCUAUUAUGCAUAAUAGCCAGAAUUUUCCAUUCAUGAUAGAGACACUAGAAAUAGGUGUUCGACAAUUUAUUGCAACACUUUCUAGCGGUGUGUGGCAUUCUACCACUCCUAAAGAAGUUCUGGCUAUUCUUCUUAUGGAGUUGAGAGUGAUGGCGGAGGUCCACUUGGGACGGGUUGUGCAUAAUGUUGAUGCAGCAAAUGUGCUGAGUGUUUUUAUUGGCAUGACAAAGCCAGAGUCUAAGACCCCUAUUAUUCCUUACGUUGAAGUCAGAAUGCUAAUUAUCGAUGAUGAUCAUGGAGUAAUGGGUGAAUUGGUGUUUGAAAAAAAUAGUAGGAAAAAAUGUUUUGAUUUCUAUUUAAUUUGGAGAAGGCUUAUCUGA